GCUGACCGGGCGACCCAGUGCGCCACGAGAGCUUUACUCUCCGUCCGGCUGACCCCUCAGAGCCCGGCCGGCUCGGGCCGCGGCCGCACACCGAGCCACGCGUCGAGAGCGCAGGCCCCUAACACCGCCGCACUGACAGCAUGAGCCGCACCGCCUACACGGUGGGAGCCCUGCUGCUCCUCUUGGGGACCCUGCUGCCCACCGCUGAAGGGAAAAAGAAAGGGUCCCAAGGUGCCAUCCCCCCGCCAGACAAGGCCCAGCACAAUGACUCCGAGCAGACUCAGUCUCCCCAGCAGCCGGGCUCCAGGAACCGUGGGCGGGGCCAAGGGCGUGGCACUGCCAUGCCAGGCGAGGAGGUGCUGGAGUCCAGCCAGGAGGCCCUGCAUGUGACCGAGCGCAAAUACCUGAAGCGAGACUGGUGCAAAACCCAGCCGCUUAAGCAGACCAUCCACGAGGAGGGCUGCAACAGCCGCACCAUCAUCAACCGCUUCUGCUAUGGCCAGUGCAACUCCUUCUACAUCCCCAGGCACAUCCGGAAGGAGGAAGGCUCCUUCCAGUCCUGCUCUUUCUGCAAGCCCAAGAAAUUCACCACCAUGAUGGUCACGCUCAACUGUCCAGAGCUACAGCCACCCACCAAGAAGAAGAGGGUCACGCGUGUGAAGCAGUGUCGCUGUAUAUCCAUCGAUUUGGAUUAAGCCAGGUACACCCAGCCUGUCCUAGGGAUUGCAGCCCCAGGCGGGCCCGAGCCACACCUAAAACAACCUGACUCUUACUUGGCUUAACCCUAGAAGAAGCACCAGCUGCCCCCCAACAGGAGCCUGCUAGUGUGUAGUUUGCGUGCUUGAGUGUGCACGGUGUGUGUGGUUGCAGACUCCAGAGGAAGCACGGUCUCUGCUGAAGGGCACUUCUAGUGUGUAAAUGCACGCAUGUCCAUGGGGAUGGCACAGAAAGCCCACACCAGCUGAGGCACUUGGAAGGGGCAGGGCUGUUGUCUGGCUCUCCUCUCUUCUAUGUGCCCACCUGGGGAUGAGAACCUCCCCGCUGAAAGAAUGUUAAUGCACGAGGUUACUCUGUGGGCAAAAGACCUAUUUUAGUGCUGCCUGAGACUUGGAAAAGGCAUUUCAACCUGUGCUUACUUCCUCCCUUCCACAGCCCAUCCCUCCUUAGGAUCUCAGUGACUAUUUCAGUCCAAUUCCCCUUCUGCUAAGGGUUCUAAAGUAACGCGCUUAACCACAGAGGUAAAUGUUUCCUAUUUGGGGAAGACCCUCCGGACUCUGGGGGAGGCUGGUGUGGGCAAGGGCAAGAAGGAGGGGCGUGAGAGAAGGGUCAGUGGGACUGGGGGUGAGGACCCGUGGGGCCCAGCAAAUUCAGUAGGGACAUGUGCAGGGUCUUGAAAGGAGAUUUCUGAAACACAGUGAGAACCCUGCUGUAGCGUGGUUUUUUCCUGGUGUUUAACAGAACCCAAGUGAACAGAGGAGAAAUGAGACCGCCACAAAAUCAUUAACUUUGGCUGUCACUGUGAUCAGAAGCCAGCUGUAACCCAAUACAGGCAUACGCUGUUUGAUUGCACUUCCCAGAUAAUGUGUUUUUUACAAAUUGAAUGUUUGUGGCAACCUUGUGUUGAGCAAGUCUAUCAAUGCCAUUUUCCCAACAGCCUGCACUCACUUUGUACCUCUGUGUCAUAUUUUGGCAUAAUAUUUUAAACUUCUUCAUUAUUAAUAGAUGUGUUCUGGGGAUCUGUGAUCCAUGAUCAUGACUUGCUGAAAGCUCAAAUGAUGGUUAGCAUUUUUUAGCAAUAAAAUCUAUUUUAGUUAAGAGAUGUACAUUGUUUUGUUAGACAUAAUUCUGUUGCACACUUAAUAGACUACAGCAUAGUGUAAACAUAACUUUUAUAUGCACUGAAAAACCAAAAAAUUCAUUCGACUCACUUUAUUGUGAUUUUCGCUUUACUGCAGUGGUCUGGAACUGAACCCAAAAUAUCUCCAAGGUAUGCCUGCACCAAACUUAAAACAUAAACAUUGACCCUCUUAUUCUCAGAACCGAGUGAGUGAGGGAAACCAUACAGCUCCUCCUGCUUGGCCCUCAGGGGGACAGUCAGUGUGUUCGGAGCUUCCUGUGAAGGGAUAGGAAGAGAACAAAGACCUCAUAAGCAGAAGACCCUAAUAUCUUUCCUUUUGCUUGGUUAUAAUCACCUCUUCCUUAGGUCAUUAUUUCUAUGUGAUGCUUCUGAGAGCCGCAGCCCUAUGUUAUAAAAAUUCUGCCUCUGCUGAGUGUACCUGUCAGUGAACAACCAGGUUUAGGGCUAGCUCCAUUUUUAUUAGAAGUAUAUUUUGGGUCAUUUCAUCUUAACCAUUGCUCAGAGAUUGAGCUGGAGAGCAGAAAAGAGUAAAGAAAUGAAGGAGAUUGUCUCUGGUUCAGGAAGAGUUUAAUGCCUGGGAGGAUAAGUAAGGGAUAUAACCUCCCCAUCUUCCUUUGCUGUCUGAGGGUCUAAUGGGGAACCCCAGUUAAGAAAUCAGGGACCUUGGGUAAUUUAAAUGUCUCUCUUCUAGUGGGUCUCAAGUGAUAUCAUAAGUAUUCAGAACCUACUGGUAGAGGCAUCCUCUGACUAAACCUGGGCUACUCCCAAAGCUUAGUUUGCAUUUAUCUAAUGGCCAAAGUGCAGGAUGGGUGAACCUUACUGCAUUUUGGAUUUGGCUAACCUGUUUUAUAUGUAACCCACCCCCACCCGUCCCCCUCUUUUUACCAUGUAUCUUCUCAGCCUCAUGAGCCAAGCCACAUGUACCAUGGGAAACAAAUGCCAUCAAUUUGCAUUUCAGUUUCCCACCAAGGCUCCAGCAUUCAAAGAACCAUUGCAACUAAAGGGGCUGUUUUUAUUUUAUUUUUGUUUUGGUCCGGGGCUCUCCGUCAAACAACUUAAACAGGAACCAUACUUUGAGGCAGAAGUCCUCAUGAACACCCAAAAUAUCGGGUCUAAUUUUAAAACAUUUAAACUCACUACUGAUGAUUCUAUACUAGGUGAAUUUGUGGGAACACAUAGUCUGUGCAUUUCAUAUACACUGUAUGCCCCACCCUAAGUCUUUCUAUCAUGCACAUCCUCCAACAAUAAGGCACAGAAUGGAGUUAAUUAAACACGCAAAUGCUAAGCCAGAUUUUAAGGGUGAGGGAAAGGAAAAGAAAGGGGAAGGAGCUGAAAAUCUAAAACCACACCAGAGAGGAAAAAUGACAUUCAGAACUAGCAGACACUGAAUUUCUCUUGUUGUUUUAACUCUGCCACAAGCAUGCAAUUUUGUUAAAAUGAGAUGACUUAAGUUGGCAACGGUAAUCUCCUUUUAGUAGCUUGUACCACAGUCUUGCAUGUAAGUCAGAUUUGGCUUAAGUAAAGAGAAUUUCCUCAAAAUGAACUUCACUGGGAUAAUCAGCAGCAAACUACCCUAAAAACACAGCACUAGCCAAAGAGGGAAAUGUCUGCUUUUCUUACUGUGCCUAUAUUAAGACUAGAGUGAGUAUGGUGUGUCUUCCAAUGUUUAUUGAAAGUGCCAUGUCUGUUACAUAUUGUAUUGGAAUCACUGAUGAUGUAAUAUGUUUUUUUCAUUAUUAUAUUAGAAUUCUUUUUAUGGCAAAAUAUUUGUGAUCUCGAUCUUUCCAAUUAAAAUAACACCAGACACCAAAUAUGAAUUUCAUGAUGUAUGCUUUGUGCUUGGCAUUAAAAGAGAUAAACACACAUCCUGCAAGUCUAUAAGUUGUUUUUUGUUAUUGUAGUUCUUCAAAGUUAAAAAUGUAAGUGAAAAAUCUGGAGGAAAAGAUAAUUUCCACUGUGUGGAAUGUGAAUAGUUAAAACAAAAAGUUAUGGUUAUUUAAUGUAAUUAUUAAUUCAAAUCCUUUGGUCACUGUGAUUUCAAGCAUUUUUUUUUUUCUCCAUUCUUUGACUUCCUCUGAGUUGAGCAAAAAAGAAACUGGCACAUUGUACGUUGUUGAAGGCCUUUAUCAGGUCAGAGGGAAACAAUAAAAUCUUGGCACAUCUGAACGUGCAUUACAGAGUCAAGACCUAAGCUUUUAUUUUUUUAAUUGAAUGUUCCUUAAAGGUUAACAUUUCUGAGGCAAUAUUAAGAAAGAUUUUAAAUGUUAUUUUGGAAGACUUAUGAUGUGUGUAUACAAAUAGUAGAUAAUAAUGAAUAGUCACAAGUCCUUUUAAGGAGAAAAUCUAAAAUGAAAAAUGUAUGUACAGAACAUUUGUAAAUGACUAGUUAAUUGAGUGAAAGUAGUUCUAUUGAUUUGUCAUUCUCAAGAUAUUUAAUAUCAACUGCAUUAUGUACUAUGUCUGCUUUAAUCAUUUAAAAACAGAGGAUUAUAUAGACAAUGACUGUGGUACUUUGCUGUGUAUGAGGAAAAAGGGGUUUGAUAGUCUCGCCUAAAAACUAAUUUGGUUUAAAGCAAAGUUUUAUGAAUCUGUAACUAGAACUUAAUUUCACCUAAUUUUGUUCUAUAUGACCUUUCCCAAAGAGUAACCAAUAAAUUGAACCUCUGUUCUU